UUUUAAUUGUAACAAAAUUUUAACGGCAAUUGUUAAUUUUGGAGUCCUGCUCAAGAAUCCGAUUCGUAUAGGUAAUAAAAUUUCUUGAAAUGCCGCCAAAAGAGUUCGCGCAGCGCUCUAAAAAUAACGUGCGGAUGGUUCAGUUUCGUGCCAUCGUAGCAACACAUAGUUCACAAAAUUGAACGGCGUUUUUUGUUUCAAAUUUCAAUUAAAUGAGUGCCGACGCAGCGUCCCUACCGUGUCCAAUAUGUUUACAUACUGGUGUUUUCAACUCGGCUCAAGCAUUAAAAGAUAGAUUGAUCUACGUCUCCACCAACAACAUAACGUGUCCAAUAUGUCAGGAGUCGUUGUCGGGACUGGAUAAAUUAACUAUACAUCUCUUUAGUCACGUUUCGUUUAUAUCAUCUCAAGAAUCGUUGAAAUUUGGUGAAAAGACGAAAACAAAAUCUGAAGAAAUAAAACAGGGAAGUCAAAUACCUCCUACAACGCUAAAGAAAACAAGAACGGCGCCGUCUAAAAAUAAAGUACCAGCGACUUCAGCGCCAGUUAAGUUUGUUAAAAUAUAUCCAAAAUUGCCAGUGAUUUCUUUGAAUACGGUUCCUAUUAUAGAUAUACAGGGUGCUGUGGAUGGAUGUGUUCAGAACAAUAACCCCACGUAUGUACCAUCUGUACAAGCUGAAACAAGUACACAGAAUCCCGAUCAUAAAUGCAAUGUAUGUGGUUUGCGCUUCAUUGAUUCCAACAUAUUAAAAAUGCACAAAUGUUUAUUGCACAAUUUGGAUGACAAAUCUGAUAACAAGUUUUCAAGCUAUAAUUGUCAUUUAUGUCCUAAAACUUUUAAAAUGAGGGGCUCACUUAUGGUACAUUUAAGAGUAGCCCACUACGGCUUUCCUUCCCAAUCAGAUACAACAAAGUUAAAGGAAAACAUUGGAAAAUGUGAAAUAGAAACUAAGCCUACUACACUGGACAGGAGUGAUGGAAAACAGUGGCAGUGCGAUGUUUGCCACAAAAGUUUUACGACAAAAUACUUUUUAAAGAAGCACAAACGACUUCAUACAGGAGAAACACCGUACGCGUGUACACAAUGCAAUAAAACUUUUACAUUUCAACAAUCUUACCAUAAACAUCUGCUUUAUCACAAUGAUGAAAAACCUCAUGUAUGUAAUUACUGCAAUCGAGCUUUCAAAGAAUUAUCGACUUUGCAUAAUCAUCAACGUAUACAUACUGGAGAAAAACCGUUUUCCUGCGAAACAUGUGGAAAAUGCUUUCGUCAACGUGUUUCUUAUUUAGUGCAUCGCAGAAUACACACCGGCGCCAUGCCUUAUAAAUGUACAGCUUGCAAAAAAAGUUUUCGAUAUAAAGUAUCUCAAAGAACACAUAAGUGUCAAUCUCAGCCGCCUGGUACUGUCGUUCGGCAGUCUGGUGAUCUUGUAGAAAAACUUAAAAAGAAAUACAUAAGUGACCCAGUAUCUAACAGCAAUGAAGGAAUUUGUAAUAAGUUAAAUUACAUAGAAAUAUCUGAAGCUAAUGCGGAGUUGGUUCGUACUGGAGCAAAAUUAUCUUUGGAAGACAUUGAAUCCGAUGGUUUUUCAAUAAUAGCAGAAGCUUUCCCCGAAACCAAUCGAAGCCUCCAAUCAGUAUCAGAUCCUCAGAAUUACUCUGCACAUUGUGUUGAUAGUAACGCAACGCAAUAUAAAACCUUCGAAAUAUUUGGAGAUGAUCUUGAAGACCUAAUUGAUACUGUGCCAAUUAAUGACAAAAAUAUCCCAUCACCAUCAGAUAUAUUAAAAAACUUAUGUUUGACUAAUGACGAUGACUAUAUAUCAUGAAAAUUAAACCGUUUUGCAAAAUACUUAAACUACUUCUAGAAAUUAUUUCAGUUGCAGAUUAUUUAAGCGGCAAGCGCUUCAAGUAGCAAAGAUUUUGUAAAAUGGUAGCAUAAAAUUGCAAUCUAUUGUCAUUAUUACCAAUUUGUUUAGAAUUUCCUCUUAUCGUUACUAUGGUUUUCAAGGUUUAUAUUUAGAAAAUUGUCUUCAUGAUGACACUGUUUCAUGUCCUGAGAA